AUGAUCAACUAUUGUGCCCUCAAUCGAGUUACCCGCUGGGACGCCUACCCAAUCCCUCAUGUGGAUGACCCGUUGAACCUGCUGGCUGGAAGCCGCUACUUCACCAGUUUGGAUUUCCUGAAUGGGUUCUGGCAGAUCCCAAUGAAGGAAAGUCACAAGGGCGUGACAGCCUUCUCCUGCCAGUAUGGCCACUUCGAAUGGAAUGUCAUGCCCAUGGGUCUUACAAAUGUGCCUGCCAUGUUCCAGCGAGCAAUGAACGACGUUCUGGCCGACUUCAUUGACCAGUGUUGCAUAGUGUACCUGGAUGACAUCACAGUAUUCUCCCCUGACCUAGAGACACACAAAAAGGACAUCGACAAGGUUUGUGCUGCCCUCAAGGCUGCUGGAUUCGUCUUGUCACUCCACAAGUGUCACUUCGCAAAGGAGGAGAUUAAGAUGUUGGGUCACAUCAUCAACAGCGGAUUUGCUGGGAUCGCUGACCCACUCUACAAGCUGACCGAGGGAAGUCCCCAGAAGGGAGCAGCGAUUGACAUGACAGAGCCUCGAAAGUGUGCAUUCAAUGAGCUCAAAGCGGCAGUACAGAAUAUGGUUCUGGGUCUUCCCCAACUCGACAGGCGUUACUACGUCGAGUCGGAUGCAUCUGACACUGCCAUCGGUGCAGUUCUAUCUCAAGUUCGUCGCAAUUGGCAGGGCCGACAGUUCAACGACUGGGAACUACCCCCCAAGUCCGCUCUGCAGCCAGUCGCCUUCUUCUCCAAGCGUCUAUCCAAGAUGGAGAGGAACUACUCUGCCAGGGAGCAAGAGCUUCUUGGUGGCAUUGCCAGCAUGACUCAUUUCUGCUGCUACAUCGAUGGAGCUCCUGGCGGUUUCACUUGGAUAACAGACCACAAAGGAAUCGUCUAUUUUUGCACCCAACGUGAGCUAACUCCACACGAGUACCGCUACCUCGAUCGUAUCGAGCAAUAUGAUCCCCACAUCAUCUAUCGAAAGGGUGAGGAAAACAUAGUGGCAGAUGCCCUAAGCCGACGACCCGGUUUGGCCGACAAUGAUGAACCCAGCAAUGACUUAAAGCAGGUUUUGGUCACUAGAAGAAGACCUGCUCUCAUCGGCCCUCCCGGACCUACCACUCUCGAGAGGCUCACUGCCGAUGUGUCCGACGGCGAGCUCGCUAUCAAACCUGGUAUGGCGGAAGCAGUCACUGAGAGCAUAGCUUGCGAGGGUCAUUCCACCUGGCUCUCCAUCGAACAGAAGGCGCUGUCCAUUGCAGAGACAGCUGUCAGAAACUCAGUCUCUGCUGAGGAAGCUCUGCCCAGUGUGGACAUGGGCGGGCUCGAUGAUGGCAACGUAGCCAAGGCAUUACAAAAAGCAGAGCACUGGGUGCUACAGUUGUUUGUCGAAGAUGGCUGUCUAUUCUGUCUCAACAAGCUGGGCUCUCGGGUAACUGUCAUCACCUCAUUUGAGAGAGCUUGCUCUCUGACCAAGGCCUUACACAACGAGGGAGGACACCGGAAGCAAAGUGCUCUCAAGAAUCUGGUUACAGAUCGAUACACCUUCCCAGCCAUGCUUGCCAUCUGCGGAGCAGUGGCACACUUAUGCAUCGAAUGUCAGAUCGCGGCGAAUCCGGGGAGGAGCUAUGGUCCCCUCCAUCCCUUACCUAGGAUGGAUGCUUUCGAACGAUGGGGGCUGGAUUUUCUGUCCCUGCCUGGCUUAAGGUUGGGCAACACGAAGCUCAUCACUGUGAUCGACUACUGUACAGGUCAAGCACAUGCCUUCCCCACCAAGAACGAGAAUACUGCUGAUGCACUGCGCAUGAUGGAAAAUCUGAUCCACAGGUAUGGAAAACCAUCAUCCGUCAUAUGCGACAACGGCUCGGCAUGGAUAUCCUUCGGAUUCUGCGAUUACAUGUGUUCUCUGGGCAUCAGGAUCAUUUACAUCUCCCCAUACCACCCACAGACCAAUGGCAAGGUCGAGCGAUUCAACGGUAUCCUCCUCAAUGCCCUCAAGUCGGAAAUGACCAGCGAGUCUCCCUUCUUCAUGAUGUAUGGCCGCCACCCUCGUUUCUGGUUCCAGGCAACCGACAAUGCCUCAGACGCCCUGAACACUUCUCGGAACCACGAGUUAGAGGCUCAGUUAGUAAGGGCAAGACAUUUCGACAAGUUCCGAACUGCCGCCAACAUCAGAGCUCGCCAGAUCAUGGAACGACGAGCCCUCCUUCGUGAAAGGUCCCAUCCAGACUGGCCAGAGAUCGCUGUGGGGGAUAUCAUCCUAGCAAGGAAUCGUCUGGAAAGAGCAGGCAAGUAUGACCCUCCCUGGAGCAGUCCUUAUCUGGUAUCGAGCAUCUCUGUCGAGGGGGUGGCCAAGCUUGUCUCCCGUCAAGGUCGAACGCUCAAGUCAACCAUCAAUGUCUUGGAUCUCAAGCUUGCCCAUGGUCCCAGCGCCGACCGGUCUCAUUGGUUCCCUCGACCACCUCCUCAGCAGAGCUCCUUCAUCAGCGAGGCCGACCUUCGUCGCUGGGAUGCCAUGGAAGCGGGGGAUAUGCAGUCACCAUCCAAUGAAGGCGAUCCUCCCGCAUCUCCGCCACUGCAGAUGACGACAAUGCCUCCUCCAAGCAGCUUGACCCGCCAGCAGAAUCCCCAGCCCACAGCCAGAGCAAUGAUGACGACUCCGGCUCCAGGGGAAAGGGCAAGCAGCGAGCGAGAUCCCCCAACACUGACCCUGAACGACUACCGUCGAUUCGCGAGGAGCAAGUCCUACCACCAGUUCGAGUCAUCAGACUCUGGACUAAUUCCCAUUCAGGAAGACGAUUGGGAUGCAUCAUUGGCAGCAGUGAUGCAGGUCUCUCAUCUCCAACAGGAGUUGUUCGACAGAGAGGGGGAUGGGAACAACGGUGAUCCUGGCCCCUCCACCCAUGCCACAGCUGAGCCACUCGACCCCACCUGCUACAGCUGUGGUGAGCCAGGCCAUGCAUUGCGAGACUGUCCCGCCUUGUCUACAAGUGCUUCUCGUACUGCAGCCUGGAAAGCUCCAGUGCUUGAGCCCAGCAAGCAUCCAGGCACAAACCUGCUGAUCAGAAGAGAGGAGAUCGACAGGGUGAUGCUUGGCAAGGCAUGCUCUGAAGUCAUGAAGGAACUGCGCUGGCAAGCAACCGAAGUGCACCGCCGGUCUCAACAGCAAUCAGCUGCUUACAAGGCCUACAACAAAAUGUGGAAGAGGUUGCGUGUCACUUGCACUUACCGGAGACAGUACCAAGAGGAGCUCAAGCAACUGAAUUUCCUCACUGGUGGAGCCGUUUGGCAGGACCGCAACCAACAGUUCAAGGCACGCUUCACCCCUGAAGCAUAUCGAGAGUACAAGCUAGCUGUGGCGCACAGGCACCGCGCAACCAAGACGGUAGAAGAGCUUCAGGCACGGCGUCGUAGGUACCACAUUCGAGAACAAGAGGCGCGGGCCUCCGAUCCUGACCAUUACAAAGCGCUAGGAAAGGAAAAGUGGCAAUGCCUUUUAGAGCAACAGAAAGCCGAUGAGGAACUUAACGAGAAGAUCAAGAUGAGAGCAAGGGCGAACAGUCGCUGUUAUCAGAAGAGGCACAAGGAAGAGCUGCGUGCUAGGAAACAAGCUAAGUAUCAGGAGCAGAAGAAAGAUCCUGCUUUCCUAGAAAGGAGGAGGCAAAUGGAGCACGAGUGGCAUCGGAAGAAGGUUGAAGCUGCUGGUAAGACCUAUAGGCCAAUCGCCAGGACCAAGGCUAAGGCUCUAUCCGAACCACCCCCUCUUGCACCUUCUACACUGCCUUCCCCUGACUGCAGUGGCUCAGAUACUCGCUCAUCCGACGAAAGGGAGCCCCCUCCCUCGCAACAGACAGCAGCACCCUCCUCCAACCUCUCCAACAUUCCCAACUCAAAGAAUGACGAAGACGACGAUAGCGAUCAUGACACCACACCCUUCUGGAGAACUCGGCGUUGUUGCAAGUGUUGA